UAUCAGAGAUCAGAUCGGACAUUGGCCGUGAUCACCGUGGGGAGAUGCAAAUUAUGUGAUGACGUGGGCGCCAAGCAUACGCUUUAUCAACUUGGACGAUCCCUAUAAAAAAACUGAAUGUUCUUAGUCAUUCAAAAAAAAAACGAGCCGUUUGAAAGAGUUCAGUUGUAGCCGUAGCCACAAAUUGGACGAAGCACUUUACAUUGAACAAGAUGCCAGAUUCUACAAUUCCACUGCUAUGCGUCCUGGGGCUCCUCGCGCUCUCCUCUGCAUGCUACAUCCAGAACUGUCCGCGAGGCGGGAAGCGCUCUUUUCCUGAUCUGCAAAGACAGUGCAUGUCUUGUGGCCCCGGGGACAGGGGCCUCUGCUUUGGCCCCAGUAUCUGCUGUGGGGAAGGGAUGGGCUGCUACGUGGGCUCCCCAGAGGCAGCUAGUUGUGUGGAGGAGAACUACCUGCCCUCCCCCUGCCAGGCCGGAGGAAGAGUGUGUGGCUCUGAGGAGGGACACUGUGCUGCACCUGGGGUCUGCUGUGAUGCAGAGAGUUGUCUACUGGAUCCAGACUGCCUAGAGGACAGUAAACGUCAGCCACCUAGCGAGCAGAACAGUUCAUUGAUGGGAGGUUUGGCAGGAGACCUGCAGCAGUGGAUGCUGCAUGCCACCAGCAGAGAUAGACAUCAGUAACCAACCACUGGCCAUCCCUCACCUGAACACACACCCAGAAUAGAGCCUAGAUCAGUUUCACAUUCACUACUACUGAAAAAAAUAAACGAUCUAACACAGCAUACACACAUCUUUCACAUACAACAGGACACACACAGGAGAGGAAGAGUGGGCUUGCUGCAUAAGAAAAAACGAUAAGCUCUAGUACAUGAAUCUUUACUGUGUGCAUAGUAGCCUUCAGUAAGUUGUCAUUUAUAAUGCUUCAACUCAAAUAUGGAUUGUACAAUCCACUAAGGGUGGAAGGAAUGUAAAUAUGUAGCAAAUAAA